AUGGCCGGCAGCAGCCACGGAAGAGUACACGGAGGUGGAUCACUCACCGCCGGCGCCGCCCGCUGGACAGCUUUGCCCCCUCGUUGUUUGGCCCCGCGAAAUGCUCCAAGUUCAGCGCACUAUUUAGGUUCCUCAUACGGGUAUAUAUUCUUUGAUCAGACGCAUUGCCUACUUGUCAAUGCGUACACUGGCACUAAAACGAAAUCUCCCAAACUCCGACCUGGCAAUAACUUUGGGAACUACUAUUAUGGGAUUCUCACAACUCCGCUCAAUUCGUCCAACUCGUGUCUUCUCCUUUGUUCGAACACCUCUAUGAUCCAGUGGAAGUCUGGAACACACUCAUGGGUUGAGCAGCCAUUUGCUUCUGGUGGUGCUCGCAUCCUUCAGAUCGUGUUCUUCAAAGGUCAGAUGUUUGCCAUCGGCUUUCUUCAGAGGAUCCACAUUAUGCAAUUUUUACCUCAACUUGCCAUGCAUGAAGUAGCAGUUGUGAGGGGAGGGGACAUGGUUACUGGCCACCAUUUCAAGCCAUGGUUGGUGGUAUGUGGCGAGAGGCUUCUCCUGGUUGACCUAUCGGUAGUCUCUGACGAACUAUAUGGCAUCCAUGCGAAGUGUCGAGUCUUUCACCUUGACUUGUCAACGGAACCAGCGAAGUGGGUGGAGAUAGAGAAGUUGGAGAAUUGGACACUCUUUAUUACCUUUGAUAGGAGGAACCCUACAUUUUCUUGCAUGAGCCCCGAGAGGUGGGGAGGAAAGAGCAACUGCAUUUAUGUUGCGAGACCUAUCGAAGGUUCGGAUGAACCUUGGACUGCGAUCGAGCUUGGUCAACCAGUGUCGAGCACAACCAGAGCCGUUUCAUCCAGUCUAACGAGACCGCCGUCCGCUCAUAAUGACUAA